GAUCUAGGCAUACACUUGGAUGAUUCGAGAGCAAAGGCAUUCUGGUGACUAUUCUCAAGGCGAACAGUUGUUUUUUUACAAUCGCCCUAGACGAAAGGUUUUUUUUUUAUAUUAUUUCGCGAUGUCGGAAUCGGACGAUGGUUCUAAGUUCGAACACUACAAUGGCGUAGAUAACGCUCCGAGAGGAGAUUUGUCUACUACGAAGAGAAAGCUAAAUGCAUCACGCACGGACCGAAAUCCAAGAGCUAGAAAGCUAAGAAAGAAGCUAGUUCCUCGUAGUCUUCAGCGCGCCGUGAAAAUGAAGAAGCAAAUGUUGCAUACCGGAAUAUUGGAACGGGAACGGAUUGCAAAAUUGGAAAAGGAUUUGGAAGAAGUGAAAAACCAAAACGCUCUGUUAAUCGACGAAAUUAAGCAAAUACGAGGGGAAAGAGAACGCAAUGAAGAAAUUGAUAUCGAGAAUCCUUCGACGGACGCAAGUGAACUGGUUGGACAAAGUACCAUCGAAUUUGAGGCUAUCGGACCAUCAAGUACUCAGCGUCCAAAAGAUACAUCUGGCUUCGAAGAAUCGAAAUUCAUGUCCUCGAUCAACCAACUAUCUGUUUCGUCGAUUUGUGUUCCCGAAUGCAAACCAAUUGCGGAGAAAGAAGAAAUCAAUCGACAUAUCUAUGAACAAUGGCGUGAUCUUCUUGUCGACUCAAUGCAACUAGCGGGAGUUACUGACGAAAUUACCAAGUUCACAAUAUUUAAAGUUAAAGCUGGUCCCCGUCUCUUGGAUAUAUAUCGGAACGCAAAAGCAGACGCAGAUGCGCCGGAUGCAAAUUUGUUCCCCUUCACUCAUGCCUUAUAUAGGCUAAAGGCGUAUUUUGGAUCAAGUUCGGAUAUAAUGCUACAGAGACGUAGGCUCGCCUUGAUGGAACAAAAGUCAGACGAGUCCGAUUUAGCGUUCGUAACGCGUGUGGGAUCUACUGCCAGACUUUGUGAUUAUGGACAAGAGAAAGAGAUUGAGGAAAUUGUAGGUACAAUCGCUGAGCAUGCCCAACGAUUGCAGUAGUCGAGAAAUGCGAAGAAUCAGCAAAGGCUAAGGAAGUAAGCGAGAAUUCUGAAUAUUUUAUUGCCAACCAACAAGAUUGAAUGAAGUUUUUCAGUACCCCUUUUAACACCAGUUUGAUUUUAAAUUUUUUUGUUGAUUUUCAUGCAGAAAUGUAAACGUUUUUCUUUCCGUUUUCCUAUCUACAUAAUAAUAAAACAAGGAGCAAUUUAGUAGCAGAAUCGUAUUAGUAUAUGGUCUAGUAAUGUUGCUCCCGCAAGGAAACUAUUAUGCCUUACCUAUGGUUUUUAGAGUUAAGAAAUCAAAUUGGAAUUAAACAAGGAACUGAAAUAUAUAAUCAAAAGCUGAAAUUAAAUAAGAUAAUGCUCAUCAAUAAAGGAUAAAUAACAACUCAAUCUAAUUAUUUUGACAGAUCGUACCACAGAAACAAAGCGCUAC